GAGAGAUCAUGGCUAGGUACAUAUAAAUACACACACAUAUAUAGGGGAGAAAAAGGAAGAGAAAUAGGGCGUAGAAAAUGGGAAAGAGCAAGGUUUUGGUGGUCGGUGGAACAGGGUAUAUUGGGAGGAGAAUUGUGGAGGCUAGUCUUAAGCAAGGCCAUCCUACUUACGUGUUACAGAGACCGGAGAUUGGACUUGACAUGGACAAGAUACAGUUACUUCUCUCCUUUAAAAAACAAGGGGCUCAUCUUCUCCGAGCUUCUUUCUCCGAUUACCACAGCCUCGUCGAUGCAGUUAAACAUGUGGACGUGGUCAUUUCAGCCAUGUCCGGUGUCCACUUUAGGUCUCACAACCUCUUGCUUCAGCUCAAGCUUGUUGAAGCCAUCAAAGAAGCAGGAAACAUUAAACAGUUCUUGCCAUCGGAGUUCGGCAUAAACCCAGCUCGAAUGGGACAUGCACUUGAACCAGGACGAGUAACUUUCGACGAGAAGAUGGUAGUGAGAAAAGCAAUAGAGGAGGCCAAAAUCCCUUUCACUUAUGUUAUUGCUAAUUGUUUUGCUGCUUACUUUGCUGCAAAUCUCUCCCAAAUGGGAAUCCUUUUCCCUCCAACCGAUACUGUCAACAUUUACGGAGAUGGAAAUGUCAAAGCUGUGUAUAUGGACGAGAAUGAUAUCGCCACGUACACCAUUAAAGCAGUAGAUGAUCCUCGGACAUUAAAUAAAACGCUGUACGCCAGGCCACCAGAUAAUAUUUUGUCUCAACGAGAGCUUGUUCAGAAAUGGGAGAAACUUACGGGGAAACAACUACAGAAGAUCAGUGUCUCUGAACAAGACUUCCUUGCUUCCAUGAAGGGUAUGGACUUUGUGGGCCAGGUGGGAGUAGGGCAUUUCUAUCAUAUUUUCUAUGAAGGGUGUUUGACAAAUUUUGAAAUAGGAGAAAAUGAGGAAGAGGCAUCAAAUCUUUACCCUGAAGUCAAAUAUACCCGCAUGGAUGAUUUCUUGAAAGUUUAUCUCUGAUGAUCAUUUAUAUUUCUUCUAUUUUCUCUUUCUUCUAAUAUAUAUGAUGUAAUCGUCCAUGCUAUAUUUCUGUAUGUCCUAUCCAAAUAACAUAAAUGAAAAAGAACUUUUUAUAAU